AGGUCCAGCUCCCUCUGCUAUAUAAGAAGUGGCAGCCAGACUCUCUUUGCCCAUACCCAUCUCCUAAACAUAAUUUUGUUUAUCCUUCUCUUUGUGUUCACUGCUUAGUUAUUAGCUUUCUUAAUUAUCUUACUGAAGUUUGUGCAAUGGCCUCAGGCUCAACAUGGACUACCAAGCAAAACAAGCUGUUUGAAAAUGCUUUAGCCAUUUAUGACAAGGACACCCCAGACCGCUGGCAAAAACUUGCGAGGGCCGUGGGUGGCAAAACUGUGGAUGAAGUGAAGAGGCAUUAUGAGAUGCUUGUGGAAGAUGUUAAGCAGAUUGAGGCUGGCCAAAUACCUUUGCCCAAUUAUAAGAAUGUUGGAGGGAGCAACAAGGGAUAUAAUUUCGUGGACGAAGAACAAAGGCUGAAGGGUCUUAGGCUCGGUGAAGAAUGAAACUAGCAGAAUCCCUGGAAUAAAGACCCAUCAACAAAAAUCAAAUGUGAUUUUUCUGUACAUAUCUCCUUCUUUCUUUCUCUUUCGUUUGUCAUAAUAAUUAUAAUGUAACAAAUUUCCUUCUGCAACUGAGGACGAGUCAUUUACGACUCUCCAACUUCCUCCUUUGUCGUUUGUAUGUUCUCUAAUAUCAUCAGUGCAACAGCUUAAUUAUUAUAGUA